AAUCCUACACGUGGUUAAGCAAUUAAAAUCCCACAGCCAAACACGACGCCAUAAGAUGCACCCGAGCCUGCCUGAGAUUGUUUGACGGCUCAAAUAAACCACAAGAGAGAAAGUGCGAGGAAGUGAGAAAAUUUGAGGGAAAGUUGAAGAAGCAAAAGAAGAUGAGCAGCGAGCCCAAAACCAGUAGCGCAACUGCUGGAGGAGGAGGAGCAGCAGCAGGAGGAAGGGGAUUUAGGGCGAAAAUGGAGCACUACAUGUACAGCGGUGAGAAGAAGCAUGUAUUUGCUGGCAUCGUUCUUGUCAGCGCCGUCUUUGCCGUUCCUUGGUACCUCAUGACUCGAGGGGCAAAGCAUCAAUCCCAUCAAGAUUACUUAGAGAAAGCUGAUAAGGCAAGGAGCCAAAGACUUUCUUCAGGGGCUUCUUCUGCUAAAUGAUUUUGAAAGCUUUCUUGUUAAGGGUGUGUAACUUUCCUCUGCUUUUUUUUUUCUUCUUUUAAUGGUUGGAAGGUGCAGUAGGUCUUUGUUGUUUGGCAAUGUUUUUGCCUUCUCAACCUGUUCUCUGGAAGAGAUACUGGCUUCUCAUGAUCCUCGAGGAGCAAUAGUUUUGUUUAUUUUCCUUGUGAUAGUUACAAAUCUACAGUCCAUGAGGAACACAUUUUCAAUAACCAGCUAGAAGCAAACUUCUAUUUCUUGUUAUGUCAAUCAGGCUUCUUUCUGGUGUCA